UCGCGGCGUGGCCGCGACCGCGACCCUGCCUGCCAGUGAGCGAGAGUGGCGGCGGUAGUAGUGGUAGUAGAUAAGCAAGCCGCAGGCGCCGCCCAGAUGGGAAUCGGAUUCCGACACGCGCCUCGCCUCGUCUCCGCGUCGCGAUGGCUUCUUCCUCGCCCUCCUCCUCCUCGGCGGCGUCGGGGGCGGUUGUCUUCGCGGUCAACGGCGAGCGCGUGGAGCUCCGCGGCGGCGACGUGGAUCCCGGCGCCACCCUCCUCGAGUUCCUCCGCACCCGCACCCGCUUCACCGGCCCCAAGCUCGGCUGCGGCGAAGGCGGCUGCGGCGCGUGCGUGGUGCUGCUCUCCACCUACGACGCGGCGUCGGGCGCGGUGUCGCACGCUGCGGCGAGCUCCUGCCUGACGCUGGUGCACGGCCUCCACCACCGCGCGGUGACCACCACCGAGGGGCUCGGGAGCAGCGGCCGCGUCCGUGGCGGUGGACUCCACGCGGUGCACGCGCGCCUCGCGGGGUUCCACGCCUCGCAGUGCGGCUUCUGCACGCCCGGGGUGUGCAUGUCCCUCGCCGCUGCACUCGCCGCCGCGGAGUCUGCGGCGGGGAGGCCGGAGCCGCCCGAGGGGUUCUCGAGGCUCACGGCGGCCGAGGCGGAGCGGGCGGUGGCGGGCAACCUCUGCCGCUGCACGGGGUACCGCCCGAUCGCCGACGCCUGCAAGAGCUUCGCGGCGGACGUGGAUUUGGAGGACCUGGGCCUCAACUCCUUCUGGAGGAAGGGGGACGCUGAUGCUUCCAAGUUGCCACGGUACAAUGAGGGGAGCAUCGGUGCCUUCCCGGAGUUCCUGAAGGCCGAGAUCAGAGUUUCUUUGGGGAUUGACGGGUGUACGCCGGCGGCAUUGGUCAGGAGUGAGAGCUCUUGGCAUCGGCCUCGGAGUGUGGACGAGUACUAUAAGCUAGUAGGUUCUGAGUUGUUUGGCGAAAGUAGGACGAAGGUGGUUGUGGGCAACACUGCUUCUGGUGUUUACAGGGAGGCAGGGGUGUACGAUAGGUACAUUGACCUGAGAGACAUCCCGGAGCUGAAUUCGGUUAACAAGGAUGCUAGGGGUGUUGAAAUUGGGGCUGCAGUAUCAAUUUCUAGAGUAAUUGAGAUUUUAAGAGGAGAAGGUGGUGGCUGCAAAGAUGUUGUUUCUGGUAAGAUUGCUGAUCACAUGGAGAAGGUGGCUUCUCCGUUUAUCCGGAAUACAGCGAGCUUGGGUGGAAAUCUGAUAAUGGCGCAAAGGGACCAGUUUGCCUCUGACAUUGCAACGAUUCUUCUUGCUGCUGGUUCGUCGAUAUGCAUGCAGGUGUCAUCGGAAAGGUUGGCUGUCACAUUGGAGGAAUUCCUGGAGAUGCCACCUUGUGAUUACAAGACACUGCUAUUAAGCAUUCACAUUCCUCAUUGGACUCCCACCGGUGUCUUAUCUGGUGAUAGAACCUUGAAUAGGACAGGAAGUACAAGAGGAACUUAUGUGCUAUUUGAGACGUGCCGAGCUGCUCCACGCCCUCUUGGCAAUGCGGUUGCAUAUCUUAAUUCUGCUUUCUCGGCUCAAGCCGCUUUAGAUGAAACUUCAGGCAUCUUAAUAUUGGACAAGCUAUGUUUGGCUUUUGGUGCAUAUGGAACCCAACAUGCCAUCAGGGCUAAAAAUGUUGAGAAAUUCUUGGUCGGUAAACCCAUUACUGCAUCAGUACUACUUGAAGCAUGUAAAGUUCUCAAGAAUACAAUUGUUCCUAAAGAAGGCACAAGGCAUGCUGCUUAUAGAUCAAGCUUGGCUGUUUCCUUUCUGUUUAGUUUUCUUUACCCAGUAACCAGAGGAACUUUGAAGCCGGUAAAGGCAGUUCAUUUUAAUGGCUGUGUAACUUCUGGCUCCAAUGGAAAUCCAAAUUGUGAACCUGAUACACAUGUUGAUGCUUCACUUAUGGAGAUCAAUAGUGUGAAAUCUAGUUUAUAUAGCAAUGAUCGCAUACUUGAGUCCUCAAAACAGAUUAUUGAAAUCAAUAAAGACUAUCUCCCAGUUGGCAUACCAGCUAAGAAAGUCGGAGCGGAGCUCCAAGCCUCCGGUGAGGCUGUGUUUGUGGAUGACAUCCCUUCUCCCAAGGACUGCCUUUAUGGAGCAUUUAUAUAUAGCACAAAACCUUUAGCUCAUGUGAAGGGCAUAGAACUCGACCCAUCUCUCAAGCAGCUAAAAACGGUGGCAGUUGUCACUGUUAAUGAUAUUCCUGAAGGCGGCAGCAACGUUGGGGCCAACACUGUAUUUGGACCUGAACCUCUGUUUGGUGAUCCAAUUACUCAGUGUGCUGGGGAGCCUCUUGGUGUUGUGAUUGCAGAAACACAAAGACUUGCCAAUAUAGCUGCAAAACGAGCUGUAAUUAACUACAGCACAGAGAACUUGGAUACACCAGUUUUAUCGAUAGAGGAGGCUGUUAAAAGAUGCAGUUAUUUUGAAACCCUGCCAUUUCUUCUUCCCCAAAAGAUUGGUGAUUUCUCAAAAGGGAUGGCAGAAGCAGAUCAGAAAAUCUACUCAGCUGAGGUGAAGCUUAAUUCGCAGUACUACUUUUACAUGGAAACACAAACUGCUCUGGCCAUACCUGAUGAGGAUAACUGCAUGGUAGUGUAUAGCUCAAGCCAAUGCCCUGAGACAGCACAGAACGUCAUUGCAAAGUGCCUUGGCAUACCAUGUCACAACGUUCGUGUUAUUACUAGAAGAGUUGGUGGUGGCUUUGGAGGAAAGGCUGUUAGAUCACUACCUGUGGCGACUGCUUGUGCACUUGCAGCAUUCAAGUUGCAUCGUCCUAUUCGAAUGUAUCUUGAACGCAAGACUGACAUUAUAAUGACUGGAGGUCGUCAUCCCAUGAAAAUAUGCUAUUCGGUGGGAUUCAAAUCAGAUGGAAAGAUCACUGCACUGCAUAUAGAUCUGUUCAUAAACGCAGGAAUGACGAAAGAUGUUAGCCCAAUAAUCCCUCAUAAUUUCAUUGAGGCACUGAAGAAAUAUAAUUGGGGUGCCUUUUCUUAUGAUGCAAAGGUCUGUAAAACAAACAUUUCAACGAAGUCUGCAAUGCGGGGGCCUGGAGAAGUACAAGGUUCUUAUGUUGCUGAAGCUAUUAUUGAGCAUGUUGCUUCCGCGCUCUCUACUGAUGCUAAUUUGGUUAGACAGAGAAAUCUUCACACAGUUGAGAGCCUUGCUUUGUUUCACAGUGAGUGUGCGGAAGAUGCCAUUGGUUAUACGCUUCCCUCUAUCUGUGAUCAAUUAACAGCAUCAGAAAACUACCAGCACCGUCUUGAAAUGGUCCAGUCUUUCAACGGGAACAACAAAUGGAAAAAGAGAGGCCUCUCUUUUGUGCCAAUAGUACACAAAGUGUUAUCUCGACCAACACCUGGAAAAGUGUCUAUUUUUAAUGAUGGAUCAAUUGCUGUUGAAGUUGGAGGCAUUGAGUUAGGCCAGGGGCUUUGGACAAAGGUGAAGCAGAUGGCAGCGUUUGGUCUUGGACAACUGUGGGCUGAUAAAAGUCAAGACCUGUUUGAGAGAAUAAGAGUUAUUCAAGCUGAUACGUUAAGUGUGGUACAGGGAGGAUGGACCACAGGGAGUACCACAUCAGAAUCUAGCUGUGAAGCAGUUCGUUGCGCCUGCAAUAUCUUGGUGGACAGGCUGAAACCAGUCAAGGAGCAAUUUGAAGAAAAGCAAGGCAACAUUUCAUGGGAUGAACUUAUUUCCAAGGCAAUAAUGGUUGGUGUGGAUUUAUCAGCAAGAGAAUACUACGUUCCUGGCCCUUCGGGUUCUUAUCUAAACUAUGGAGCUGCUGCUAGUGAGGUAGAGAUUGAUCUUCUCACUGGAGCCACCACAAUUUUGCGAAGUGAUCUUUUAUACGACUGUGGCCAGAGCUUAAACCCUGCCGUGGACUUGGGGCAGGUUGAAGGGGCAUUUGUUCAGGGAAUUGGUUAUUUCAUGAGCGAGGAGUAUGUCACCAACUCGAAUGGGUUAGUUGUCUCGGAUGGGACUUGGACAUACAAGAUACCAACUGUGGACACCAUCCCAAAACAGUUCAAUGUUGAGUUAUUUAACAGUGGAUUCCAUAAAAAGCGUGUGCUCUCUUCAAAAGCAUCUGGAGAGCCACCUUUGCUUCUUGCAGCUUCAGUGCACUGUGCAACAAGAGAAGCAAUCAGAGCAGCGAGGAAGGAACUCCACUGCUCUGUAUCUGGUUCUUCACCUUCACAUUUUGACCUGAAAGUCCCUGCCAUCAUGCCCGUGGUGAAGGAGCUGUGCGGUUUGGACAAUGUUGAGAGGUAUUUGGAGAGUCUGCUGAGCUCCAAAUAAGAAUCAAUCCUGACAAUCAGCACCUGUUCUCCCUUGUUCCUUAGCAGUGAAAAUUAUAACAAUAGUUGAUAAAACACGUCAUUACAAGGUUAAAUGGUUUUCAAAGUUCAACAGAGAUGAGACGUUCGUAGCGGCGAACGUGGGUACUAGCACUUACAUGUUUGAGGCUUGAGCACAAGUGCACGGCAGAUUUUAUUUGGGUGUAAAUUUUUGGUCAUGUCCAUCACUAAGCAAAUGGUUUUUUUUUCGAUAAAAAAAGCUUUAUUGACUCUUAACGUUAUAUCAAGAUGAUAUAAACACGUAGAGUUUACUUUUGGAUUUUGUAUAGUAUGGAUGUACAUGGUAAAAAAAAAAAGUACAACAAAAGAAAGGAAACAAAAGAAAACGGGCCAACUCGCGGUCUAUGGUGGAUCUUCGAUCUGAAAUUUAGAUUGCUAUUCAAAUCAGGUAAAGAUCUUCUUGAUCGUUUGUACCAUAAGCGUACAUGUUGUUGUUAUCA